AUGCUCACAAUCGUAUUUAUGCAAAUUUGGGAUGUUUGUAAUACAUUCGGUUGUUGUCCCGUUGCAGUACCUUGCAUGCCAUACAGAUGCAAGCCAUGCAUACCAGUUCCAUGUCCACCACCUCUUCCUCCUCCAACUUGCCCCCCUCCACUUCCUCCUUGUCCUCCACCGCCAGUAUGUCCACUACCCCCACCUCCGGUAAUUUGUCCCACUUUACCUCCUCCCUGUCCCCCACCACCAAUAUGUCCACCACCUCCUCCUCCAGUGAUCUGCCCACCUUUACCUCCUCCCUGCCCUCCACCACCGAUAUGUCCACCACCUGUUGUAUGUCCACGACCAAUAAUUUGCCCACCACCACCACCGCCACCUCCACCACCUCCACCGUGUCCACCGUCACCACCACCAUGUCCACCAUCACCUCCAAUGCCUAUCUGUCCUAUUCUGGCCCCGAAACUGACACCGACAUAUACGAUACCAGUGAUUAACGACUGUUGUUGCACAUGUGUUGCGCCUUGCAUGUACUCUCAAAUGAGGAUACACGGUGCCAAGAUAUUUUCAGCUUCACUUGUUGCUGAUUUGGAAGACCACUCCAAAUGCAAUGAUCCAGUUUUGAAAUCAAUUAUGGAAGAGAAUAUGACUGAAGAUGCAACUACUAGUAAACGUUCUAUCCAACGGGCAGCUGAGGAGAAAUUAUUCAAGAAAUUCAAUGUAAUCUGUUCGGAAAGCGAUUUUUCUUAUAUUGCGUACACUGAUACUUUUUGUCAACACUCGAACGAUGACAUAACCUGUUAUGCCUUUAGCCCAUAUUCGGGAAUCUAA